AUGGCACCUACCGCACAAACUGGCCCCCAGAAUAUACACACAAAUGGCCAGCUUAAUGGCCAUGCACGUAGCGUAUUCGAGGCUCCGCCAUCGACUAUGGCUGUCCAACUGAUUAACAAUCUAGCGACAACCAAUAAUAGGCGGUCACAAGAACCUGAACUGGAUGAUUUGAAGCGAUUAAUGACAGAGAUUUCAGAGACCGAAAGUAGUCCACAGUCACACACUAAUGUAAAAUCGAACCUUGAGCACAAGCAUAAGUUGAUUUACGUCUUUGCUCGUGCUGUCCUGGACAGGCUUUGCAGUGAUGAUCCUUUCAACAACAUUACGCAACUCGUAUCCCAGUCUUUCGAAGCUUUCGAUAUCUUCAUUUCUACAAUUAGAGAAACACCUAGCGUUCUUGGGUACUCCAUACCCGAUGGCCAAAUCCUUCAGCAUCGUGGGCAGGAACCCCUUUGGAUAUGGCUAUUCCCAAGGGUCCUCGCGGUUUUGGGCCGGCAAGGGUGCGAAGGAUUAACGGACAAGAUCCGCGAAUUCUUUUACGUUUCUUUCCAAGUCGUGGCUCGGUCUCCAAAACUCUGGGAUCUGGCAACAGAUUUCUUCAAGUACCUGAAGGAAUGUAUAACGGUUCUCUCGAGCCAUCUUCAAAAUGCCGCGAUUAUUCCUCACGGGAACAUGUCGGCGGUGGUAUUGCCUACCAAUGAGAGGGAUUUUUUCCUAGCAUUGUAUGUCAAAAUAAGGCUUCAAGAGACAGACUUGGUCUACACUUAUACCAUUGAUGACACACCCCAUGCGAUACAGCACCUCUACAUACUACUAACUAUGCUCGUUGACAUAUCGGUGGAAGCCGGCGCCCUUUACGAUGCGAUGUCUGCCUUUGACGACUACCUUGCGUGGCUAAUAGACACUUUCUCUGCCAUGCACGAAUUGCAGAAACGCUUGAGGUCGAUUCCAAAGCUCCAAGAAACUUGCAGUAAUGUCGAAGUCAUGGCUCUUUGUGCAAUGCAAGUAUUGUUAUCUUUAGUUAACAGCUCUUUGCCAGAAGCUAUCCGACGCAAAGGUUUUAUGACACUCUCAAAUCUCUUGGCAGAUCUACUUGACACGCCAUCACGGCAGUAUAGCGAGUCUACUAUAGUCGGUAUUCGUGACAGCAUCAGCAUAUUAAUUGAGUCUUGCCACAAGUACAGUUCUAUACAUCGAUACGUAUCUCUCCACUUGGUCCCCCUUGUCGAUAAGCUAUUAGAAGAAGAUGGUGGACUCGAGACCCUUAGGCUCGAUCUUAAGGGCGCUGCUACAACCCUCCGGAAUUGUUGUAACGCAGAAUUCCUCAACGUUCCGGAGCUUGCUACCGUUGAUAGCUACGACAGUAUGGAGCUCAAUGCUGAAUUCCUGAAUCUUGGAAUCGAGAAACAUCAUAACAAGUCUGCGGACAUCGGUCCGCCUUCAAAGCGGCGGAAGGUUGAGAGAACCUACGAUAGUUUUGAUGAAGUAACCAGCGACCUGUACUCAAUUUUAGGGGCCCAGAAAGCAGUCGAAAUCUCCGAGUUGACCAUCAAUGCGCUUGCUCGGGUACCUUGCGCCUCUUCUGGAACCCUCAGCAUAACCAAAAACAAAGAUAUGAGUAUUCGAGAAUACAAUUGUGCUGUGUGUGAAGAAUCCCAGCGUACGCUAAUCGUUGAGACUUCCGAGUCGAGACAUCAGGAUGUCAGCGUCGAGGCUAUUGCGACUUUCGAAGCUGUUUUUAAUUCGCCUAGUUUUCAACAGUCUAGGAGAUGUAGGGUCGUAGCGAUGUUCGCCCUUCGUAGAUUUGCUCUUCAUUUCUCUAACACAGAGCUCAUUGAUCUUGAAGUCUCUAGACUUGGCCAGUGGUGUUUGACAUCAUUACGAAGCUCAGUACGAGAACUCCGGGUUGCUGCUGGGCGUACUUUGGUCGAAUUUCUUAAUUGCAGUGGUGCUCCCCAGGAUGUAAUACGAAGAAAUCGUUUCAAUGUCUUAGAAUUGCUUAGAGAUUACUCGGAAGAAGUAGGCGACCACCUUCAAGAAACCAUGGUCCUUGCUUGGGGCCAAGUUGGCCGAAUAUCUACCGAUGAAGAGCUCAACAUUGUGCUCUUGAGACUAGUCGCGUAUCUGGGGCAUAGUAAUCCAGUCAUCUCGGGGGUCGCAUUCAAUGAGAUCCUUCAACUUUGCAAGGUUAGUGGCGUGACUGUUGAGCGAAUGUUCAGCCCGUAUUGGAAUACAGUUGCUAUCGAAACGGUCAAAGAUCUCUUGGUCCGGCCACAAACAACUCAAUUAAUGGCAGAAUUACUAGGCGUCUCCGUCUCCGAAUUUCUCAUUCACACCCAGACUUCUACGUUACCUUGGUUAGUCUUGCUAGGUAAAGCCGAUGUCAUUGAGAGGAUUGCCGAUGCCCGCAAGGAUAAGGAAGGUUGGUUUGCGUGCUUGGAAACGUCGAACAUGGUGGCGAUACUCGCAUUCUUACUUGCUCAGAGGUCUGGCGACAUCGAAAAUUUUAUAAUGUCUCACUUAAAGGCGAUUUCUUCAAAAUUCAAGGAAAUCCCAUUUUCAGAGUUGAUGAGUGUUGAGCCUGCAUCUCAGGUUUUCUAUCUCCUAAAAGCUGCUGGUGAGGCAGAUGAGGCUAAAAAGGCCAGGAUUCAUGGAGCACUAAACAUACUGGCAAAGAAUACCAGCAUCGGGGUGGAAAACUCUCAUAGCAAAAAGGAUGUUGUUGGGCGUUUUCUUGAGCAACAUAUCCUUGGUCUUGUGGCCCGUUUCUCUGAGGUAAUCAAUGAUUCCAGGGACACGCAUCCAGUCAAGGAAAAAGAUCGAUGUGUGAAGGCUUUUGCCGAGUUAGUAAGGGCAGCUAAAGCUCAUACAAGAGUAGCUCGACCACAAAUAUGUGCGUGCCUACAAUCAGCUUUGGGAAACACUAAGCUCCAAUCGUCCGCGUUCCGCAGCUGGGCCAUGAUGCUUAGAAAUCUGGACGAUGACGACGUUGCAGCAAUGUUGGAAAGUACUUUCUCCAUCGUUAUUGAGCAUUGGGACACAUUUGAUCAAGCAAUCAGACAUCAUACCGUGGCGGUACUUCAGUACUUGAUCGACGAACGAGGCCAUCUCAUCCGAAAUACUAUUGUGAAUUUGCCAUCUCUAGGACAGUUUUCAGAGCUGUCGCACAUAGAAGAUCAAAUAAACAGUUGGAGACAAGCGACAGAUAUUGGCAAUGGCUUUCAGAUCUAUUGCCGGCGAAUUGCCCAUGAAAACGCGGGAGUCGUCGCGCAGGCCCUCGCUGAACUUAAGGAAUAUCUUUUCUUAAAUCAGGACUUUUUGCAGUCGUCAGCAAUCAGCGAACAACCAGAUCCUGUGGUGGGUGGUCUUGUUCGGUCCAUCCUAGAUACCAGUGUGAGAUUCAACAGCUUUGAUACACAUAUAUCCACGCUUUCGGCAGAAUGCAUUGGAUUGAUUGGUUGUUUGGACUCAAAUAGGGUUGAGUCAGUACGAGAACAGAGAGAGAUGGUCGUCGUGUCCAAUUUCGAGGAUGCCGGAGAAACCACCGAUUUUGUGCUCUUCAUGCUGGAAGAGGUAAUUGUCAAAGCAUUCCUCUCGGCCACAGACACAGUGUGGCAGGGGUUUCUGUCCUAUGUGAUGCAGGAACUGCUUUGGAAAUGCGACUUCAAAGAAGUCUGUGCCCCAAUCAUCGCAAGUGGGCAAAAAGACUCUAAAGAUCAAAUAUGGGAGAAGUGGUGUACUCUGCCUAUCACUGUGCGGAAUACUUUGACUCCAUUCUUGACCUCGAAAUAUCUAAUUUCUGAGCGAGAUCUACCUAAAUACUCAUAUCCAAUAUUCUCCCCUGGGAAUAUGAUUUCAGACAAGAUCUAUAACGUCUGGCUUCGAGCAUUUGUUUUAGACCUUCUUCAGAAAUCACUAAAUCUGCAUGCUAGCGUCAUCUUUCCACCAUUAUGUCGAGCCAUCAGGAUCAAGGAUAUAUCGAUUGCUAGCUUUUUACUCCCAUACGUGGCAUUGCACACUAUACUUCUUGGAAGUGACCAGCAGCGCCGCGAAAUCGGAGAUGAGCUUCUUCGAGUUCUCGUCUACGAGCCAGAGAUGGAUUCGAAAGUACGCCGCGAGGAGUUGAAAUUAUGUAUUGAGGCCGUGUUUCGUGUGCUUGAUUACCUUUCUCGGUGGGCACAAGCAAAGACUGUCUCGUCUGGUCGGAGUGGCAACCUUCCAUCAGAAGCAUUAAUUCAGUUGCAACAUGUACAAAGUGUUGUAGACAUGGUACCGUCUGAAAUUGUGUCUCAACGCGCUGUUGAGUGCAAGUCAUAUUCUCGCGCGCUAUUUUAUUGGGAACAGCACAUCCGUAAGACACGUAAUAACGAAGACAAUACGAUAUCCGAUGCUUCGCUCCUAGAGAGACUUCAGACCAUUUAUACCCAGAUAGACGAGCCAGAUGGGAUUGAGGGCAUAUCAGCCCAUCUUCAUGUCCUUGAUAUUGAGCAACAGAUCCUCGGUCAUCGCAAAGCUGGACGAUGGACCGCAGCGCAAAGUUGGUAUGAAAUUAAGCUCGCAGAGGUUCCGGAUGAUCUUGAUGUUCAAGUGAAUCUUUUGACUUGCCUUAAAGAGUCUGGCCAGCAUGAUGUCUUGCUGAAUUAUGUAGAAGGUAUGCGAACCGCGAGCGAAACUUCUCAUCGUCUCCUCCCAUUUGCCACAGAAGCUUCCUGGUCAACGGGGAGAUGGAAUGCACUAAAUAAAUAUGCAUCCAUGGCUCCGAAGGAGAUGAGCGAAGAUUUCAAUAUUAGAAUUGGCCGGACGCUGCUUGCGCUUCACGCCAGGGACAACGAGGGCUUUAAAAGCAACAUAAAACUAACAAGGAAACAAAUUGCAAGCUCGCUCUCCGCAGCGAAUACAUCAUCGCUCGGGGCUUGUCACGACACGAUGCUCAAACUACACGUCCUUACGGAGCUGGAGAUGGUCGGAGGCACUGGUAUGUCCUCGCAACUCGACCGGCCAAAGGUUCUUGCAUCUUUGAACCGCCGACUCGAGACCCUGGGUGCACAUUUGAAUGACAAACAAUAUCUGCUCAGCAUUAGACGAGCUGCAAUGCAGCUGUCGAGUUCGUAUUUUACAGAAGGGGACGUGGCUUCUGCUUGGCUGACAAGUGCCCGGCUUGCGAGAAAAGGUAACAAUAUACAUCAGUCGUUUAAUGCAGUUCUUCAUGCAUCCCAGCUCAAAGACGAUUCAGCCACUAUUGAGCACGCUCGGCUUCUGUGGAAGGAAGGCCAUCACCGCAAAGCCAUUCAAAAUCUUCAAACUGCAAUCGAAAACAACAGCUUUAUCUCGCACAAUAGAGCCGUUGACAUGACAUAUACUGGUGUCAACGCCUCGGAUCAGCAAAACUUCCUCACUGCGAGAGCACACCUUCUGCUGGCAAAAUGGCUCGAUAGCGCUGGGCAGACACAAUCAUCGAAAUUGCAGUCUCAAUACCAGCUUGCGGCGAGAACUCAUUUGAAAUGGGAAAAGGGCCAUUAUUAUCUUGGCCGCCAUUACAACAACCUUCUUGAGACGGAAAAGAACUUAACACCAGAAAAGCAGUCCCUGAAGUACCUCAGUGGAGAGACAGCAAAGCUAGUCAUUGAGAGUUAUCUUCGGUCGCUAACGUAUGGCACAAAAUAUCUCUACCAGACGUUGCCUCGAAUUUUGACCCUGUGGCUUGAUCUAGGUACACAGGUUACCCAGCCUGUGGAUCCCCGGCAUGGCCAUACAAGAGAAUUCCUUACCAAAGUCACUGAGGGUCGCAAAAGUCAUCUGAGUAGCAUCCAUAACCGCAUGAAUAAACACGUUCAAAGGUUGCCAGCCUACAUGUUUUACACCGCUCUACCCCAGAUUGUCGCUCGGAUUACUCACCCAAAUCCAGACGUCAACAGACAGCUAUCGCUCCUGAUCUAUAAGGUUGUUGUUGCCCACCCACAACAAGCUCUAUGGAGUGUGUUCGCCGUCUGCGCUUCUACGCAGAUAGAGCGCAAAACUAGAGGUGCAAGCAUUAUACAAAUGCUUCGAACGACUUCAAGCAAGAAGUCGGACAGGCCGGAUCCCAGUCAAACAGAUCUAAAAUCUAUGAUCAGAAGUGGUGAGCGACUCACCGAUCAACUAUUGCUAGCAUGCAAUGCAGGAGAUUUUACCGGCAAUCGAACAACCACUGCCAGUCUCACGCGGGACCUUGGGUUCAAUCAGAAAUCGUGCAUUCCAAACCCACUAGCUGUUCCAGCGGAGCGUGUUCUUACUGCUACUCUCCCAACUCUUGCAACGAAUGUUCUUGGCCACAAAGCAUUUUCAAGGGAUAUAGUCACCAUUAACUCGUUCUCGGACAAGGUUUUGGUUUUGAGUUCGCUUCAAAAACCCCGCAAACUUGUGGCAUACGGAUCUGAUGGGGAGGAGUACGGGCUUAUGUGCAAGCCGAAGGAUGAUCUCCGGAAAGAUCAACGUCUAAUGGAAUUCAACAGCAUGAUAAAUCGAGCUUUGAAACGAGACGCAGAGGCAAGCAGGCGGCAGCUGUACAUCAAGACCUAUGCUGUCACCCCACUAAACGAGGAGUGUGGACUGAUCGAGUGGGUGGAAGGGCUAAAGACCCUUCGGGAUAUCCUCCUCGGUCUCUACAAAUCCCAAGGUAUCUCCGUCAAUUAUAGGGAUAUCGAGGCAUGCUGUGAUCGAGUCAAAGCAGAGGCGCCCGAAACGUUGCCUUGGUUCACGAGCAAAGUUCUAGGGCAGUUCCCCGCCAUAUUCCACUUAUGGUUUGUCCAACAAUUUCCUGAACCGUCAACUUGGUUUGCUGCUCGCCUUCGGUACACCAGAUCUUGUGCUGUAAUGUCCAUGGUUGGAACGAUCCUGGGACUGGGAGAUCGUCACGGAGAAAAUAUUCUCUUCGAAGAAGGGAAUGGCGGGACUUUCCACGUUGACUUCAACUGUCUCUUUGAAAAGGGACUGACAUUUGCCAAGCCAGAGCGAGUUCCUUUCCGUUUGACCCACAACAUGGUGGACGCAAUGGGCAUGUAUGGGUAUGAGGGUCCUUUUAGAAAGUCUUCCGAACUGACUCUCACCUUGUUACGACAGCACCAAGAAACUCUCAUGACAAUUUUGGAGGCUUUCAUUUACGACCCGACGCUUGACCUGUUAAAGAAGACAGAAAAGAAGAGAAAGGAUGGCACUUUCGCUGUUGCUCAAACCGCCCAGGGUGUGCUCGAUACAAUUCAAAGAAAGGUUAAAGGUUUACUAAACGGUGAAAGUGUACCGCUGGGUGUCGAAGGCCAGGUUGAUGAAUUGAUACAACAGGCGACGAAUCAAUUCUACUUGGCCGGUAUGUACAUUGGCUGGUGCUCAUUUUUGUAG